AACGGCACCAAAGGGCCUGAUUGGGCGUUGGCUUCUCGUGCUGCUCUGAGAUAAAGAAUUACAGUUAGGGUGGAGAGAGAAGAGGGGUGGAGUCAAAGAGAGAGGACGAGAAGAAGAAGGAGAAAGACAGGAGCAGUGGUAAAGAGAGAAGCAAGAAAUUUAUAUAUAUGGAACGAGAGUAAGAGAGGUAAAGAAGAAAGGAGAAAAACGCAAAAUUGAGAGGAGCUGGAAGAAAAAAAGACAGAAAAGUGUGAAGCUGUGGAGCAGAAGAGCAGGAUGAGAGGAAGUGUGCAUCUGUCAGUGUAGGAUUUCCUCAUCAGCGUGGAAGGACGAGCCGCGUGGAUCUGAGAGGUCCAGAGGAUCAAGAGAAAGUUUGUAGAAAUCUGUCAUGCAAAAGCAGGCAGGGACGGCCCCAUCUUCCCGGGGUCCUAGUGCCCCUGGAUCUCCGGCCACUUCCAUUGUGGCCAGGAUGGAUAAUCAGGUGAUCGGAUAUAAGGACUUGGCAGCAAUUCCUAAAGACAAAGCCAUCUUGGAGGUAGAGAGGCCCGACCUGAUGGUGUAUGAACCUCAUUUCAACAUGUCAGCUUUGGAUCGUGUCAGUCUGUCCAGGAGCAGAGAGAGAUCAAUGUCACCUCAUUCCAUCUCUCCUCCGCCUUCCCCAGAGAUAUUCUGCUCUAAAGAAAAGGAGUGGGUGGAACAUGACUCACCUAGCACAUCUUCCAUGGGCUCGACCGUGCAGCUCCGCAAAACAAGCGCCUCAUCCAGAUGCCCCAUACAGCACUUCCACAGACCAGACAACGGAACCAACAUCUACAGCAAGCCUCCUAUUUACAAGCAUGAAGGAUCAACAACAUCCCAUAAUAAGCAUAAAGAUGAGGUCAUCAUCUUGUCCUCGAAGUUCCCAGCAGCCCAGCCUCCUGAUCCCAGCCAGCCGUCCAAAAUAGAGACAGAGUACUGGCCCUGUCCUCCAUCACUGGCUAGCAUGGAGAUUGAAUGGAGGAGGAAGGCAGAAGAACAGGGCAAAGCUGUAGAGGAUGAUGAAUUUGAGGACCUGACUGAGGAUGCAAAGAAGCUGCAGGAGCAAGAACUUAACAAAAUCCAGUCCAACCUGGGUAAGCUGAUCCUGAAGGAGGAAAUAGAGAAAUCAGUGCACAUCCGGAGGAAAACACGCUCACUGCCUGACAGGACACACAUGCACUUGGGGUCAUCCAGUGGUGCAUCUAAAUCUGCCACUCUACCUUCCUGCAAUCGCUCCGGUCUUUCUCGGCUGCAGUCUGCUGAAUUCGCCUCCACAGACAGUGAAAAAGCCAGAACAGGACUGCAGAACGGAGACACUCAGAGAGGGAGAAUGGAUCGAGGAAACUCACUGCCUAGCAUGCUGGAGCAGAAGGUUUAUCCAUAUGAAAUGCUCAUUGUAAACCACAGAGGGCGCUGCAAGCUUCCACCUGGAGUAGAUAGAACCCGACUGGAGAGGCAUCUCUCUCCCGAAGAGUUCCAGAGUUUAUUCGGGAUGCCGAUAGCAGAAUUCGAUCGUCUGUCGCUGUGGAAAAGAAAUGAACUGAAGAAAAAAGUCUCGCUUUUCUAACACAAAGGAUCUGCCUAUGGACAAAAGCAUUCUCUGAUACUAACACAACUCAGACGUUUCAGGAUAAGUAAACCACACAUAAUCCACUGUUAACUCCAACACAUAUCAUACGGCUUAUGUAUGUCUAUUAUAGACUUGUGCUCUCUGUGUGCAGUAAGUCAAAAUACAAAAUAAUAUAUCCUUAUGAUAUAAAGCAGAGGUCAAAGAUCACAACCCCCUCCUCCUGAAGAUUUGCCUUCCUAUAAAUCUUCCUGUUCCAUUUUUCAUUAGCAUAGGCCUAAAUUUGUCUCAGUCUUAAAUAAUGGAUUCUUGAAAAACGUCUCUAUGCCUCUCAUGGGCUAUUGUGUUAGAUUUAACAUGCAAGUGAUCAGUUUCAAUACUACUUUCAGCAUCCUUAUACCCUGCGCCUAAAGACUUGCCACUUUUAAGUGUGUAUUUAGAUGAAAUGAACACACUCAACCUCAGCAGUAAGAACAGCUGAAAUUAUUAUUUCAGAGAUUUACACACUCACUUUCCCUCUGUACAGAGCCAUACUGAUUUGCUAUUUGGUUAGCAUGCUAAUUAGCUAGCAGAAUAAUGUUAUGAGGUGGCAUGGUGAUGCAGUGGGUAGUGUUGCUGCCUCACAGCUCCAUGGCUUGUUAGUGUCUGUGUGGAGUUUUGUAUCCGUGUUUUUCCAGUUUUCUCCAGCCUCCCAAAAACACACUGGUAGGAAGAUUGGCUACUAUAAAUUGCUCCCAGCAUCCCAUUCAGGGUGUGUCCGCCUCAUGCCCAGUGUUUCUGGGAUAGGCUUCGCUAGCUCUGUGACACUGACAUGGACAAAGUUCUUACUGAAGAUGAAUGAAUGAAUAAAGCAACGCAGUUCCAAUAUUUGCCAUGUACAGAUGGAGGAGUUGGAGGAAUACAGUACAAAUUGAACACAGACAAUUAAAUGUUAGAAUUUAAGUAGAGCCAGUCUUUAUCACAGAAUCAACCCCAACAGGGGAUCAGGUCUUGUAACACACUCCAUGAUUCAGUUAAUUACAUGUCUACUCACCAAAGAAAUGAUAAAUCUGAGAGAGUACUGAUUAAAAAUGAGAAAAAUACAUUAGAAUAGAAUAGAUUAUUGGACUAGUCUAUUUUUUUUAAAUGAUGUUCGUCCAUGUCCCUGAUGUUCCAUGCAUAGCAAAAACAUCAAUCAUAGCAUGUGAUUUUUCACCUCCCUCUCCCCAGGAUCCAGUUACAGUAUCAUCAUGUGAAGACACUCUCAGAAAUAUGUCUCAGUAUGGAAGAAAAAUACUUUAAGAUCCAUUUAUGUAGCUUUUAAAACUGAACAUUUCCAUUCAUGAGGAGUGGGACAUCGUGACUGGAAUGUCUUUUGGGGCUGGUAACAUUCACUGUCUUUGAUAGGUGGUAAAAGGAGCGGUUUUAUGGCAAAACAUGAAGCCAUUGUGCUGAACUAGCUAACGUCAGUGGUACUAGCCUGUAGUAACAGUAACCAGUAUGUUUCCCUGACUCAGAAUGGUGCAUAGCACAGAGCCAUGUAUUAAUAUUAGCAUGGCCAAGAAGUGGAGAGGGGAAAGUGGACAAGGGGACGUGGACGAGGGUGAAUUAAAAACAGAAAUGGAAUGGAGGAGGGUUAAUCUUCAGGAGUAGCUUUAGUGAUUGAUGAUUAAUGUAUAAUAUCAACACUUACUGAAACAGCUCAAUAGUACACUUACAUUCAAUCAAGAAAAUAUUAUACAAAUAUAAUUGUACAUUCAAAGACUCUAAUCCUAAGAAAACUGCUUCUAAAAGCCCAGAUUAUCGCCUUAUUCCUUUUAUAUUAGUGAGAUUCUCAAAGUGCCCAGUUCAAUUUAUAAUAUAGUCAUAUAUAUACUAUAUAUACUAUAUACUAUUACUAUAUACUAUUAGUAAUACUAUAUACUAUUAUAUAUAUAUAUAUAUAUAUAUAUAUAUAUAUAUAUAUAUAAUGUAUAUUUACACAACAUUAAUUUGUGUUACGAUCACAGAUAUGAACACAAUUCCUAUUUAUUGUCACUAAAAAAACAAUUGUGCCACUGUAUAAAUAUUUAAUUUAUUUAUUCAUAGCCAUUUAGGUUUGCUCAUAAAGUGAAUCACUAAUGUAACUACAUCCUGCACUUAUAUCGCAAAACAUCUAUUUUGUAACUCAUGAAAAUUGCAUGGAUAUUAUCUUAGCACACAUUAUCUGUGCAUCUGAGUGCAGUUUUCAUGCCAAGCAUUUGUGUGUUUAAGCUUUUCAUUUUAAUUUUAAUUUCUCACGCAGUGUAGCAACUAUAACAUCAGAGACAAAUGAUUAUUAUAACACAUAAUAUUUCACAUAUUCACCCGCUAAAUAUACCAGCCUGUUUAUCUCUGAUUGAAACAUCAUGUUUAUAGGCCAUAAUCAUGAGUCUUAGUUUAUUACAAAAAAAAAAAUAUCUGCCCCUAUGAAGACAGUGAUUUUUUUUUGGGUUCAUGCUGAGUUCAAAUGCAAAACACAAAAUCCCACAUCCAUAUGCAAAGUAUGCAAAGAAUCAUAGAGGUUAAAUGUCAUGAAUUUGACUGCUGAAGAUCAGUUCUGUCUUAAAGGAAUAAUCUUUUAACAUAAAUCCCAAUCUCUAUCCAGUUAAUCUGUAGUACACAUAUAUAUCUGAUUAAAAAAUGUGCAAGAAUUUUGACAUAUUUCCCUGUACUGAGGAAGAAAAGAUCAGAAAAUCUGCUUACUGAAAAUCGUAUAUAAUGGAAGUCUAAGGGCAUUUGCUGGAAACGCUUAACCACAAAAUUACCACAAAAAGCAUGUUAUACAAAUUUUGAGCUUUAUUUACAAAUAGUUUUGACUGAAGAGUUUGAAGGCAUUUGUUGAUUAAGCAAUAUCACACGAACAAGAGUGCCACAAGUAUUCCCAGUCGUGCUAAUAUUCAGUACAACAACAUGAUUGUGAGAGUGAUAUUGCUUUUAUGCAACAAUUCUAUUAAUAAGAAAUUAAUAUAGAUCUAUAUAUUAAUAUAAGUGACAGUUCAAACACAGUAUGGCCAAACAUUUUAUUUAUUUUUGCUCCGUCAACGAAACUAGUUCCCAAAGAAGCUACAGCUGGAUAGAGCGUUGCGUGUUGCCAUGCCAACGCACAGACUGACUCACAGCCCGUAGUAAGGUGUAGUAACGGUUUCAAUGUAACGAACUAUUGCUAGACCUGGACGUUUCUGUAGUGAACACAGACAAGCAGAGUGAUAGAAAUAGUGAAAUGUACCAGUGAUGUUAAACUAAAUAACAGCAGUAACAUACUAAAUGGAAUUUAACACAUGUCCUUAGACGUUCAUUAUUUGCAGUAAACAGGUUUUCCUCUAAAAAGUACUGAGUGUUUCUUUAAUACAAUUUUUUUUUUAAAUUAGAUUUGUGGAAUAAAACUCAAUCACUAAUUGCAAAACAGAAUACAAAAUAGUGGAUUCUUAUUGGCUGAAGCCAGCAAUGACAUCAUAACACCACAGUUAAUGACAUUUAUGAUGCCAUGAUGAUUUGAAAAAUUGCGAGUAGGGUGUGAACAGGAGAUUCAGAUAGAUUUGUUUCUUGUGAGGAUUUUCACAGCUAAACACAGAUCUGUCUCAGGUUUAAAUAAUGAAUUCUUCAGUAAUAAGAAGAGAGAAAGAGAACUGAAGCGAUUUCAUUUCCGUAUCCUGCUCAGUGUGAAAUCCUGCUCUGUGGAUCAAAUGUCAGGUUACAUUUCUCUUCAGUCUUGUUCAUUUUAAGCCAUUUAUAUCAAUGACAAAAAUUCUGUUAGUUGUUUUCACCAUGGUCUGAUGACACACAGACACACACACUUUUCUGGAAAAGUUACUGUGUAAUAUUUCACCCCAAGACUAAAACUACAUUUUAGACUUUUGGUAAGACUUUUUCUCAUGUCUGUCUCAUCAUAAAAUCUUUUAGACUAUUAUUAGAGUGUAACAGCUACAGUUUUAAAUUUGUGUUAUGUAGUUGCAUAUUUUAAACGUUAGCUCAACAUCACCGGUCCUGUGUAGGCUGCUGGUAAAUCAUGUACUGCACGCUUAAUACCCAUGUGAUGAUCCACAAAAUGUUUCUGUUCACAGCUUCAUGUGUGUAUCAUGGUCAUUUUACUGUCAGCUCCGUAAAUGUGUACAAAACAAAAUAAAAUCAUUAUGUCUGUUCA